CCAAAACACUCCCAGGCAGUGAAGGGGAGCAAUGAGCGGACACGACACAAGCGACAUCGGCCUCGCCGAGCUCCAGCAGGCUCGCAUCCUUCGCUACGAGGAGACUAGCGACGCUCAUGAUAGGCGCACCUACCAGACGGCCGGCUUUGGCCCCAUGUCGCCGUCCGAGUCAAAGUCGACGACGCCGUUCGACUCCAAGGCCACCUCGGCCCGCAACUCGUCAGAUGGCCUUCCGUUAUCGUCGUCGUCGAUGGAGCAGCCGGUGCAGCUGCCGACCGAGGCCAUGUUCCAGGCUCGCCCGGCCCAGCUCAAGAACAUGACGGCCGAGAUCCUCUUUGUCAUGACGUGCGCCCUCUCGCAGAUUCUCUUUUCCUUCUUGCUCGGGAAUGUCGCCACGCUGCAAGACGUCCUCGUUGACAAGCUCAACAUCCCCCAUUCGCAGUCGCCUUGGCUCAUCGGUUCCUAUGCCCUUGCCAACGGCCUCUCCGUCAUCGUCUCGGGCCCCGUGGCUGACCUGACAAAGCCAAAGUACCUCAUCUGUGGCGCCUUUGCCUGGCUUACGGCUUGGAGUGUCGUCGGCUGCUUCUCCCUCACCAACAAGUAUCUCUUCUUCGUCGUCCGCGCCUGCCAGGGCAUCGCUGUCGGCGUUCUCCUCACCUCCACACUGUGCAUCUGCGGCAGGAUCUACAAGCCUGGGCUCCGCAAGACGAGAAUCUUCUCGGCCAUGGCCAGCGGCGCGCCCCUGGGAUUCUGGCUCGGCUGCAUCUCCUCAUCGGCCCUGGCUACCGCUGAUGUCCGCUACAUCUACGUCCUCGACGCCGCCAUCUCAGCCUGCUGCCUCGCCGCCGCCCUGUAUGCAAUCCCGGCAAUCGACUCGUCGACGGUCGUUAAUGCCCCCUUCGAUUAUCUCGGCAGCAUCUUUGCCGUCACGGGCUGCUCACUCCUUGUCGCCGGUCUCACCCAGGGCCCCUCGGUCAGCUGGGCGGCCUACGCCAUUGCAAUCGUCGUCAUCGGCGUAGCAUUCAUCGUCGCCUUCUUCUUCAUCGAGACACGUGCUAAACGACCGAUCAUGCCGCCCCAGGUCUGGAAGGCGCCGAGCUUCACACCCCUCGCCAUCGCCUACUUUGUCGGUUUCGGAGGUUACAUGUCCUGGCAGUGGUACAUGGUCCAAUUCUUCCUCCACGUUCAGCACGCAUCGCCAGUCACGACGGCCCUUUACAUUCUUCCGAACCCGAUCAUCGGCGUCUUGGCGGCCUACAUCGUGUCCAUCAUCCUCCAUCGUGUCCCUGGACAUUACGUCUUCUUCAUCUCCAUGGUCUGCUUUGGCCUAGGCCCCGUCUUUUUUCUUCCCCAGACGGCGGGCACGCCGUACUGGAACCUGAGCCUCGUAGGCAUCUCGCUCGUCACCCUCGGGCCCGACCUCUCCUUUGCUGCCGCCUCGGUCAUCAUCACGAGCUCCACGCCCAAGUCCUACCAAGGCUCGGCCGCCUCGAUCCUCGUGACGCUGCAGAACCUCUCGGCGGCCAUCAUGACGAGUAUCAGCGACAGCAUCGGAGUCAGGGUCACCGAUGGCUCUGGCUCAACGACGAUUGAUCUGAGCGGCUUGAGGGCCAUCUGGUACUUCAACAUGGCCUGUGCCAUUGUCGCGGCCGCCAUUGUCCUGAUCGCCGUUCGGGUCCCAAAGAGCAUCGAAAAGGACCACGAGAAAGAAUACUGACCAAAUCAGGCACACCGCCUCUUUUCUUCCCUUGUAUUUAUAUGAACCAUCCACCAAGUAGCGUUUCCUGGGUCUCACUGUCACCUUCUCAUUCUUCUCUUCUUUUCCACGAGAGCGAUGGUUGCCACACAAUAAUAUACUCC